AUUUACGCACUCUCAACGAGAGCGUAGCCAAACGCCCUUUCCGAAUGCUCACGACAAAACGUCUACUGCAAUGUAUUCACAACAGAGACUUUUGUGUGAGCAUAGAUCUAAAGGACGCGUAUUUUCAUGUGCCGGUACUUCCGCGUCACAGGAAAUUUCUGCGUUUCGCCUUUCAAGGGGUGGCGUACGAGUAUACGAGAAUGCCAUUCGGGUACGCUCUGGCACCUCGCACGUUUUCCAAAUGUGUAGAGACGGCAUUGGAGCCGCUACGCCGUCAGGGGAUAAGGCUAUUAGCCUACCUAGACGACCUACUGGUCUUGGCCACGUCAGCAGAGCUGGCGAUCACACACACGACACAGACAGUGAUUCACCUCACACGUCUGGGGUUCGCUGUGAAUUGGAAAAAGAGUGCGCCUUGGCCCAGUCAGCAGAUUGUCUAUCUGGGGUUACAGAUAGACACUGUGACUAUGAGGGCGCGAAUUUCGGAUUCUCGACGGGCUGCCCUGUUGCUAGCCCUGAGAAAGUUUUAUCCGAAUCACAUGGUGACGGCGCAUUCCGUCAUGACACUUUUGGGUCUCAUGUCGUCUGCCCACUCCGUGGUUCCGCUGGGACUUUUGCACAUGCGCAAAACACAGCGAUGGUUUGCUCAACUACGACUGGACCCAGUGAGGCACCGUCGUCGAUGGGUGACAGUUCCCCUCUCGCUCAGAGCGGAUCUGAACUAUUGGAGAGACCCGUGCGUAAUGACGCAAGGGGUCGCAAUAGGCAGAGUGUCAUCCUACAUCCCAGUGUACACAGAUGCUUGUCUGACUGGAUGGGGAGGGACAUGUCAGGCUCGGGCAGUCGGAGGUGUGUGGUCCCAAUCGGGACGUCACAUCAACCUCCUGGAAUUGGAAACGGUUCUACUGGUUCUGACCCACUUCGUGUCCACCCUACGGGGGAACGACGUGCUGGUCUGGUCAGACAACAGAACGACAGUAGCCUACAUAAAUCGCCAAGGGGGAGUCAGAUCUCCUGCACUCCACCGAUUGGCGGAGGAAUUGUGGCUGUGGGCUCACGAGCACCUUCGCUCGUUGACAGCAGCACACAUCCCAGGCUGUCAGAAUAUCGGCGCAGACCUCAUGUCUCGAGGGGGUCCCCGAGACGACGAGUGGCGACUGCACCCCGAGAUUGUUCUCCAAAUAUGGGAACGGUUCGGGAGAGCCGAGGUGGACCUGUUCGCAUCACGUGUGAACGCGCAGUGUCCCCUAUGGUUUUCUCUACGAGCCCAGGACGAACCGCCACUAGGGAUAGACGCUUUUGCGCACCAGUGGCCAGAGGUUCUCCUGUACGCAUUUCCACCGCUGUCCUGCAUUCUCCCACUGCUAGCCCGCGUGAGAACAGGAGGGCUGUCAAUCAUAUUGAUAGCCCCCGACCGCCCAGGGGCUCCGUGGUACGCGGAGAUGAUGCAAAUGUUGAUUGCGCCGUCAUGGCCAAUUCCACAUCGACAGGACGCAAUGUCUCAGGCGGCAGGCAUGAUAGAGCAAUGGCCUCUGAUCGGCCAGCCACUGAAGGUCUGGCUCCUGAGAGGGACAGGUUAGAGCGCCGUGGGUUAUCUGAUUCGGUAAUCAGAACCAUACAGGGCUCACGUGCCAGUUCCACAUACAGGACUUAUGCCAGUAGAUGGAACGUGUUUUCACAAUGGUGCGUUACAGAGAAUGUGGACCCCGUGUGCUGUCAGGUUGAGAGUGUGCUCUCUUUCCUACAGUUCAUGUUUGACAAGCAGCGCUCACCCGCCACCAUUAAGGUGUUCGCGGCAGCGAUUUCAGCUUGUCAUGAGGGGUUUG